CCGGUGGUACAUCCCGUCGCGAAUGUGUUAAACGAGCGUCUGAUAUAGGCGGUCCGGCAGCGCGCGGAGGUCGCUCGCCUCCAUCGGUCCUUUCCUCCUUUUGCCCUACACUGAUGAAAAUGCCCACGCAAAUUGUUAUACCCAACGAUGGUGAUUUCGAUGCCACGAUAAAUUCCAGGAAAAUCACAUUGUCUCCGUAAUAUCACAUCCAUCAUCCGAGUUGUGAUUAUAGGAAAUUACGAUAUAAUGUUAGAAUAACUUGAAGUAAAGAUGAGCCAAUUCGGUAGAUAUACGAUAGGGGUAUUUAUACAUAUCAUAAUUUGUAAAUUCCUCCUUUUUAUGUUCUCGUGUGGGAAACUUAAGUUAGGGGGCGGGCAAAAAUGUAUGUAAAUUACCGUCGAUUUUUAUCAGGGUACUUCUCUCGCUCGAUUCCUCGGUUAUUUACCCUCGUUUUCUUUGCUUCGUUUCUCGUCUUCUUUCCAUCCCUCUUCUUCGCUUUCCUCCUACUCUGGUUCCUCGUUUGGGUCCUCCUCCCGACGCGUCGAGGCGCUCGCUCCCGGGCCAGCCUCGAAAUCGGCGCCUCGCACUUGGACUGGCGACGCCGAUCGACGCUGAUCGACGCCCGUUCCUCGUCGACACCGGCCCCGAUCGCCUCGAGGAAGCCCAAACCAGGAGAGGUCCUUCACGCGUGUCGCCACUCGGGUCAUCGGCUCGAUUCGGUUGCGACUCUUCGGCAAGCCGGUCACGUGUGCACCGAGAAACUAUGGUCCCUCGACUCCGAUGUCGCCGUCUUGUUCCUGUUCUGCUGUGCAUGUUCCUGCAGAUCAUUAAGGAGACGGAUGGACACGGUCGGCUGAUGGACCCACCUGCUAGAAAUUCCAUGUGGAGGUUUGGUUUCCCCAAUCCGGUUAAUUACAACGAUAACGAGCUCUUCUGCGGCGGGUACGCAGUCCAAUGGGUGCAGAAUAAAGGUCGCUGUGGGACAUGUGGAGAUGCAUAUCACCUGAGCCAGCCCAGGCCACACGAAGCAGGAGGGGAAUACGCGAAGGGCACCAUCGUCAGGCACUACACCGUCGGUCAGGAAAUCGACGUGGAAGUGGAACUCACGGCGAACCACCUGGGCAGAUUCGAGAUGUACCUCUGCCCCAACAACAAUCCCACGGUCGAGGGUAGUCAAGAGUGCUUCGACCGGUACCCUCUGUACAUUUCCGGCACCCGGGACGUGCGGUUCAUCAUUCCCGAGGAAACUGAGAAAAAAGCGAUCUUCAGGUACAAGGUGGUCUUGCCGCCGUACGUCACCUGCUCCCAGUGCGUGGUCCAGUGGAACUACUACACGGGAAACAUGUGGGGAACCUGCGAGAACGGAACGGAGGCCGUUGGUUGCGGCCAAUCCGAGACCUUCAGGAACUGCGCCGAUGUCAGCGUUGUCACCAGCACCGCUGGAGUUCCUCCGCUGUUCGUCCAGCAGGACAAUCCAUUCCUCUUGUACUACAGGGACUUCCGGUCUCCGAAUAACGUCUUUCCCCUUAUCGUCAGAUCUCAGGUUUGCGUUCCCACGCCGUUGUAUCGCCGCAUACCAGGGAUGAACGACUGGUGUCAGAACAAUUGUUUAAGAUACCCGCCCAAUUGUCCGCCCACCGUCUGCGAGUGUCCGGAAAUAUGCGACGCCAUAGGAGAAAUAGCAGGAAAAGAAGGAGCCAGCGUGUACUGUCUGGACAAGUGUCUGGUCUACCCAUCUCAAUGUCCUUCCCAUCGCUGCCAUUGUUACUGAAGUCGUCGUUGGACUCUUCCAAAGGGCGGAACCGUUUUCCAAAAUAUCCACCCCUUGGGAACACAUCGUAUGUCGGAUUUCGGAUAUCGAAUUUCGAAUAAUUCCCUGGGGAUUCCCUCGUGUGACCGUAGUCCUCGUCUGGUCUGAACCUCUCCGAGGUGGCGAGCUUGACUUCACCUCGGAUCAGGAAAACAGCGGGACUAUUCUGGUCCACCGAGCGCAGAUUCACAGAGAGAUCGAUCUCUCCGUUAGUUUUAAGUUCCAUUGCAUUAUUGCGGUACUAGGAGUACGAUAUUCCACGCAUCACCUCCUCUCGGAGACUCGCGACUGUGGCCA